CAGAGCGGCCCGGUCACCUCGUGUAGACCCCUAUUAUCAGCCCCUUCCACCAUCCCUGCCGCCCUCAGCACCCCCUUCUAUACGGUAUAUCGUUCUAACCAUGAUAUUUGAUCUUAACAUACUAACACCCUUGCCGAUAGAUCUCCCGCAAUUGCUCGCGUUGCAGCUACAGAUGACAGUAAAUCGAGCUCCAAACGUUCCCCGGAUUCUUCUUCCUCAUCUUCCACCAUCACUGUGUCAAAGGUUCGAACAAUGAUGAGUGCCGCGAACUCUCUGAGGACGGCCCCUCAUAUUGAGCCCGUCAAGUCCCCUAUAAGUUCACAUUCGUCAUUGAAACACCAGAUGCCUCAACACUCCGAACGGGUUCGAUCAAUGUCUGAGAAGUCUGCCGAGCAGUCACAAGGAUCUCAUCCAUCCCAAGCCUCGAUUCCUCUGACGGCCAGAAGCCCAAAACACCCCGAUUUGGCUUCAGCUUUCAGACAGAAUGCUUCCCUCUCGGUCUCACCAGGGUACACCGAGCAACAAAAUACCAGUGGUCUAUUUGGCAAUCGUUUGUCAACGAUCCCGGAUGUCGAUGACGUUCAAGAGAUGGAUGGCGACUCGUCGGAACAGCACGCCGUUGAAGGGGACCAAGAUCAGCCUGAUCCUGCCGGUUGGGAUUUCCUUUAUCUUGUUCAAGAACAUCAGAAGCAACGACAGGGGCCUGGCCAGGAUGGAACAUUCCUCCUUCCUCCACCUUUCGAGGCUCUUACGGAACAAAAGGCUGAUUACAGCCGGCCCCACGACUUUCCUCCAUCCGCCAACAUCUUCCCGACUCCACUGAGUGAUAGCAAACCCCUGCCGGCAUUGCCGAAGUCCCCGUCUGUGGCCAGUCGAAUCAUUCGUGGGAUACCGCUGGACGAGGAUUUUGGAACCAGCAAUGAUGACGAGAUGGCGGAUCCACCGGAAAUUGAUGAUUGGCGCCCAAUCGUAAUCCAAACUCCGCUCAUGUCCAGGUCCCCGGCACUCCCUCCUCUCCCUCCAUCCGAGAGUGGUCGUACUCCGCCUAUGAGCCAGACUGAUAGUAAUCCACCACAAAUAACACCUAACUCUUCGGCUCGAACAGCUCGUGGAUCUGCUGGGCCACCUCCUUUCGAGACUCUAGACCCCGAUGUGCCCACACCCGUGCCCCGAGGUCGCAGGUCUCGUGCCGGAACAAGAUCACGAGCCUCAUGGGUGGGCUCUGAUGGGGAAGAACUAGUUGCGGAAUUAACAAACCUUGCAGAGGCAACAUGCUCCAAAUGUGGCCGAGUUUUCUCCAGCAGAAAUACUCUUCAGAAACAUCUGGAUAAUCAAGGCGGAAUCUGUUACCAGAGGUCCCUCGAAGAAGAAUUAGACAUCGUAGGGGAUGAUGAGGAUGAAUGAUGCCGCAAUGUACAGAUAAAUAUAGCGC